AUCAAAGACAAACCCUUCAGAAUAUGAAGAUUCUGCUGCUGACUGUGGGGCUGGCCCUGGUCUGUGGCCUCCAGGCCCUCGAUAAUAAUACAGAAGGCUCACCAAAGAUUGAUGAAGAGUGGUUCACUGUUGCAUUGGCCUCAAAUGUGACAUCUAAGAUUGAAAAAGGAGGUAGCUUCAGAAAGUAUAUAAAAAGUGUCAGUGAUCAUCAUGUUUUUCUUAGCUCAGAGUUCUUGAAAAGGGCAAAUGGCAAAUGCAUUCAAUUUACUUUGAAUACUUCCAUAGGAGAAGAUGGUGAAAUGCGUCUGCAACAUGAUGGACUGAAUAAUCUCUCCAUUCAAAGUAGAGGCCCUGGAUAUAUGAUGGUUCUCUUGAAUAAUAUCAAAGAUGAGGAGGUAACUGUUUUGGUAGAACUCUAUGGCCGUACUCCAGAUCUGCCAGAUGAAAUAAAGAAGAAAUUUGAGGAAAUAUGUGAAAAAUUUGGAAUUAGGGAGGAUCAAAUUAUAGACAUCUCCAGUGAUGAAAUUCCUAGGAUGAAACAUCUCUAUGUUUCUGUGAUCCACUCCUACUUCCUCCAAAGGAAUGUUAUUAUGGGUGACGUAAAUUUCUACUGGCUUCUUUCCUCCAAACUCAAGGGGGAUACUAUUUCUACCCCUCUUUGCUAUGCCUUAUCUGAUUCUUCCUUCACAACAUGAUUAAUGUGGAAAUAUGUGUAACAUAAUUGUACUGGUGAUAUCAGAUUGUAGGCUGUCUUGGGGAAGCAGAAAGGGAUUGAGGGAGAAAAUUUUAAAUUCAAAAUCUUAUA